UUUGUGAAAACAAUUAUAGUGAUAAUAAUGGGCAAGCUCUUGGUGAUAAUGUUAGUUGGUAUCUUCAUGGCUUUCGAAAGCUUGGAAGCUCUCGACUAUGGAGAUGCACUAAACAAAUCCAUCUUGUUCUUUGAAGGCCAACGAUCCGGUAAACUCCCGGUUAAGCAACGAGUUAAAUGGAGAGCUGAUUCUGCCCUCACCGACGGUGAACCAGAUCAUGUGAAUUUGAUUGGAGGGUACUAUGAUGCAGGUGACAAUGUAAAAUUUGUGUGGCCAAUGUCAUUUACCACAACCUUGUUGAGUUGGGCCGCAAUUGAAUACCAAAAUGAGAUUUCCUCCGUAAACCAACUCGGUUAUCUUCGGUCUGCUAUCAAAUGGGGAACCAAUUUUAUCCUCCGCGCUCAUACUUCCCCAACCACACUAUAUACACAGGUAGGAGAUGGGAAUUCAGAUCAUGGUUGUUGGGAGAGGCCAGAAGAUAUGGACACAGCAAGAACUCUCUUCAAGAUCUCUUCCUCCUCCCCCGGUUCCGAAGCCGCCGGUGAAGCCGCAGCCGCUCUUGCCUCCGCCGCACUUGUUUUCAAAGCGGUCGAUUCUAAUUAUUCAUCCAAACUACUAAACCAUGCAAAAUCCCUAUUUGAAUUUGCUGAUAAGUACAGAGGUUCUUAUCAAGCAUCUUGCCCCUUCUACUGCUCAUACUCAGGCUACCAGGACGAGCUAUUAUGGGCUGCGGCUUGGCUUUACAAAGCAACAGGAGAGAACAAGUACAUAACUUAUGUUACAAGCAAUCAAGGUUGGAGCCAAGCUGUGAAUGAAUUCAGCUGGGACAAUAAAUUCGCCGGAGCUCAGGCUUUACUCGCAUCAGAGUUUUACAACGGGAAAAAUGACUUGGGAAAAUUUAAGAACGAUGUUGAGUCAUUCGUCUGUGCACUAAUGCCAGGAAGUAGCUCUCAACAAAUUAAACCAACUCCUGGUGGCCUUUUGUUUACUAGAGACAGUAGCAACUUACAAUAUGUAACAACGGCUACAACGGUUUUGUUCCAUUACUCAAAAACUCUAACUAAAGCCCGGGUCGGUUCAAUUCAGUGCGGGUCUACCCAGUUCACCGUAUCUCAAAUUCAAAAUUUCGCCAAAUCACAGGUGGAUUACAUCCUUGGAAAUAAUCCAAUGAAAAUGUCUUACAUGGUUGGAUUCGGGACAAAGUACCCAACGAAACCUCAUCAUAGAGGCUCAUCUUUACCGUCUAUCCGAUCUAAACCGGAGAAAAUCGACUGCAAUGGAGGAUUCUCAUACUACAAUUCUGAUAAACCAAAUCCGAAUGUGCAUACCGGGGCAAUUGUGGGUGGACCGGAUUCUUCGGACCAGUUUAGCGACCAAAGAACAGAUUAUUCCCAUGCGGAGCCAACGACUUACAUCAACGCCGCCUUUAUUGGCCCCGUUGCUGCUCUGAUUGGCCGAAAUUCUAACUAGAGCACCGGGAUAAAUUCAACCGGACAAACAUUUCUUUUAAAUUUGUGUGCAAACGAAAUUUUAGCAAAGAAGAAUGUGAUUAUACAUUAACAGUUAUUAGACUACAACAUAGAAUAAUUGACCAGGGAUUGUAUCAUUUACUUCAAGUAUAUAUACACAGACAUAUAUCAUUGUAUAAUAGCUUAAUUAAAAUGAAAACGAUUUAAUUUCAUAUAUAUGUAU